AUGGUCCUGCUCUGCCUCAGUCUCUUGCUUCUGGCGCGUGCCGGCGCAGGGUGCCAGCAUUCCCUCUGCCACUGCUCGGACAGGAUGGCAUUCAUCUGCCAGGAGAGCAGGGUGACCUCCAUCCCCCGGGACAUCCCCAGGAACGCCACAGAACUGAUAUUUUUCCUCACCAAAGUAAGAAUCAUCCCUAAAGGAGCUUUCUCUGGAUUUUCUGAAGUUGAAAAAAUAGAAAUUUCUCAGAACGACGCCCUGGAAAGUGUAGAGUCGGAUGUUUUCUCCAAUCUUCCUAAACUCUAUGAAAUAAGAAUUGAAAAAGCAAACAAUCUUGUGUAUAUGGACAGAUAUGCCUUCCAGACUCUUCCAAAUCUCAGAUACUUGUUGAUAUCAAACACUGCCAUCAGGUUUUUACCUGCUGUUAACCAGGUACACUCUUUGCAGAAGGUUGUGCUAGAUAUCCAAGACAACAUUAAUAUCCACAAAAUUGAAAUAAAUUCUUUCCUGGGCUUAAGCUCUGAUCGUGUUGAUAUAAGGCUGAAUAAAAAUGGAAUUCGGGAGAUUGAAAACCAUGCCUUCAAUGGGACCAUCUUGUCAGAGCUAAAUCUGAGUGGCAACUAUCACCUAGAAAAAUUACCCAAUGAAGUUUUCCAAGGAGCUGAUGGACCUGGGUAUUUGGAUAUUUCUGAGACGAGGAUCUCCCAGCUGCCCAACAUCGGGCUUGAGAACAUUAAUAAGCUGAUCGCAAAAUCUACCUACCAGUUGAAAAAGCUGCCUCCCCUGGACAAGUUCCGCGCCUUAAUAGAGGCAAACCUCACCUACCCGAGCCACUGCUGUGCUUUUGCAAACUGGACCAAACAAAAUUCUAUCUUGCACCCCAUCUGCAAUAAGUCGGUUAUCAGGCAAGAAUUUGAUGGGAUGGAUUUUGACCUGGAGGAAGAUGAUUACUAUCACACCUUGUGUAAAGAAGAGGUGCAAGUCACUUGCUUCCCUGAGCCCGAUGCCUUCAACCCAUGCGAAGAUAUCAUGGGCUACAAUGUUCUCCGAGUUCUCAUAUGGUUCAUCAACAUUCUAGCCAUCAUGGGGAAUCUUGUUGUGCUCAUCAUUUUGGUCAGCAGCCAGUACAAGUUCACCGUUCCCCGAUUCCUAAUGUGCAAUCUUGCAUUUGCAGAUCUGUGCACAGGCAUCUAUUUAUUGCUGAUUGCAAUCAAAGACAUACAGACCAAAAGUCAGUAUUACAACUAUGCCAUCGACUGGCAGACCGGUGCUGGCUGCAACACGGCAGGCUUUUUCACAGUCUUUGCCAGUGAGCUUUCUAUAUACACCCUGACUGUCAUCACGUUGGAGCGAUGGCACACCAUCACCUACGCCAUGGAACUGGACCGCAAAAUCCGCUUCCGACACGCGAUGGUCAUCAUGCUUGUGGGAUGGGUCUUUUCCUUCACUGUGGCCCUCCUUCCCAUUUUUGAAGUCAGCAGCUACAUGAAAGUUAGCAUCUGCCUGCCCAUGGAUAUAGAAACUCCCCUUGCCCAAGCAUAUAUCAUGUUUCUGUUGGUACUGAAUAUCCUGGCCUUUGUCAUCAUCUGCACGUGCUACAUCAGCAUCUACUUCACUGUGAGGAACCCCAACGUCUUCUCAUCCAACAGCGACACCAAAAUUGCCAAACGUAUGGCCAUACUGAUCUUCACCGAUUUCCUCUGCAUGGCUCCCAUCUCCUUUUUUGCCAUAUCAGCAUCACUCAAGGUCCCGCUCAUCACCGUGUCCAACUCAAAGAUCCUCCUUGUUUUGUUCUACCCCAUCAACUCAUGUGCGAACCCAUUCCUGUAUGCCAUCUUCACCAAGACUUUCCGCAGGGAUUUCUUCAUUUUGCUGAGCAAGUUUGGCUGUUGUGAAAUGCAUGCCCAGAUUUACAGAACUGAGACCUCCUCCUCUGUUCAUACUUCCCAUAUGAAGAAUGGACACUAUACAUCAGCUGCUAAACCCAGUGAUGGAACGAUUUAUUCAUUAGUCCCUCUGAAUCAUGUUAACUAAAAGUGAUAUCCAUAGGUUUAUGCCAAGGAUUAUCAAAGAGUGAUUCAUGCUUCCCCAAAGGAGAUGGGGCAAUUACAAAAUAAUGCAGAACUUCUCCAGGAUUUCAUCAAACCACUACAUGUCCAGAUGUGCCAACAAUCCCAAAAUUAAGUGUUCUUCGCUUCAGUUAAUUAAGCAUGCUGAUCUUUGUGUUGGAUUGUGGCCUGAGUGUCUUGAUUUACCCAAAUGCUAAAAUACGUUGGGAUGGAACCAGACCCAAUCAUACGUGGAGAAGG